AAUGCUAGCAGCUGUCGUCACUUUUGUGCCUUUUUGUGGUUUUUGUAAAUAAAUAGUGGUUGUGAUCAACAUUAAAAAUGCAAAACUUGUACGUGUAUUGCAAAAUACGUCCUACAUUAUGCGAUUGAUAAUUUAAUGUUUAAUAUGCAGAGAAUAUUUUUAGAUUAAAGUAUACCAUCUGUAAGAUUGAGCAGAAAAAUGUCUAACUCAGAAUCCGGUGUUGGUUGUGUUAGUGAGGUAACACUUGCUAUUAGUAAAGCAAAAAAUUUACAAGGUGGAUCACUUCGAGCUUUAGAUAGUCCUGAUUCUGAUUUAUCGGGACAUUCAAAUUCGUUUACAGUACAAAGCUUUAAUUAUCCGGAAGAAGCGAAUUUAAAUGGUAAUCCAGAAUCAUUUCAAGGACCAGUUUUGACUGAAGACUUAAGAAUACCAAUUGUUGGAUACGAAGUUAUGGAAGAGAGGGCCAGAUUUACAGUUUACAAAUUAAGAGUAGAAUUAAAAGGUGGAGAUUGUUGGUUCGUUUUUCGUCGUUACACUGAUUUUGUUCGAUUGAUGACACAAUUACGAAGACAAAAAAUUCCAAUAGCUCAUUUAACAUUACCUCGUAAAAAAUGGUUGGGUGAUAAUUUUGCUCCGAGUUUUCUUGAAGAACGAAUACGUGGUCUUCAGACUUUUGUUAAUGGAUUAUUAAGUUCAUCGGAACUUUUAUUGGCUCCAUGUGUUCGAGAAUUUUUUUGCCUUGAUGAGCCUCCAACAUUGUCCGACACUGUCGAAGAAUCGAGAGCUAUUUUUGAAGCUCUAGAGGAUACAAUAUAUCAAUUGAGACAACAGUUGAGAGAAAAAGAGGCUGCCCUUGCUUUAGAGACGAAUCUCAAUAACGAACUUCGAAAUAAUUUUCAAAAAUUGUUACAAGAAGCAAAAUUAUGUUCAAAAUGCAAUGAACCAAUUUAAAAAAAAUCACAAGACGUCUUCUUAUUUGAUUAUCAAGAAAGCGAUAACUAAAGGUCAUUAGACGAAAAUUUCAACCUUGAGCAACAAAGCCAACAAGCGUGAGACAACAGAAUGAAUGUGAGUGUGACUAUUUUAUUAAUAUAUUUAAAUAUAAAGAACAAUCACUAAAAAAUUAAUAUUUUUCUUGCAAAAAAAAAGAAGAAAAAAAAAAUAGAACGAUGUAAAUAUUAUAUUUUUUAUGAUAAAAAUUCUCAUCGUAUUAUAAGAAUCCAAAUGAUAUUGAUUACGAUCUGUAAAUAUAUUUCUGAAAAUUGUUUUUAGAAUUUAUGACAAUUCUAAAAACGAAGAGAAAAGAAAGUGAGAAAGAACAAUAAUUUCUUUGUAAAUCAAGAGAAAAAAAAUUUUCAAAAGAUUUUCUUUACGAUUUCAUUUUAGAUGAUACUUAAAGGUAAUUGCUACAGUUUGUAGAUAAGCCGUGGCCUUUAAUAAUAUUACUAAGCAAUUAAAAAAAAAAUUGCGUUUAAAUUGUUUCAAUAUACAAUUUUUCUAAAAACUAUUUUUUAAACAAACGAUUUUGUAAACAAUUAAUAACUUAUAUUUUAAAAUGCAAAAGUUAUGUAAACGUUUUUAAAAAAUUUAAAUUAGAAGACUGAUAAUUGAAAACUUGUAAAAUGGGAUCUUCGUUAGACUAAUAAGACUUUUGAAAUUAAAUUUUAUUUUUAUUUUUUUUUCAACUAAAAAUUUUAAAAUUGCUGUAGAAGAAAAGGGAAAAAUGGAAAUUUUUUU